AUGUUGGCUUCGGCUGCUGUCUUUUGGGCGCUGGUGAUGCUGUCGCGUCCCCACUCCGUUGUUGCUUCGUCCCUCCCAGAUCCUCAAGUCGCCUACCGCGAAGAAACCCAAACUUUUCCUAGACAAUUUCAAGGCUUCCAUUCCACGUUAGACCGCUUAAAAACCUUCGACGACUUUGACAACCCCAAGGUCUACGACGACCCCCGUUACCAGAAACAUGGCACCGGUCCCACCCCCAAGAUCUUCCUCCCCUAUCCCGACUAUGAGAGCCUCGACUACCAGAAUAAGCAUCGCGGUGAAUUCACCGCUUGUAUGGGCCCCCGCGGGAAAAUGUUGAACGAGAGUAUGGACGACCAGGUUGGCGUCUACGCUGGUCUUCCCACUGGAUUCCCGGAGCCUCAGUUCGGCUCCUACGAGCUCCUCGGUAUCGACGGUCGCAUUUCCUACGAUCGCUACUUGAGAUACGGUCCCUACGGUCUGGGCGAAAAGGAUGAAAACGUGAAGAACUGGGUCCGACCGGAACCCGUGGACUGGGAGAAUGUCGAUUGGGGGCGGCUGCAACUGGAGUGCAUCGGCCACAAUUCCGACCGGUUCGGCCUGGAGUCGCUGUAUCAGGAGUCCACCAAACCCACCACCCCCAAGAACGCCGAGCUCGCCCCGCUGCCGCGCUCCGUCGUCCUGAUCCGCACCUACACCGGCCACGAGUACACCGAAAACGAGAAGCAGUCCAUCCGCGCCAUGAUCACCGAGCUGGGGCUCCAGUCGGGCGGCGAAUACGAGGUCGUCCUCUUUGUCCACGUCAAGGAUUGGGACGUCCCCCUCGAUUCGGAUGACAUGCUGCAGACUCUGCUCGAAGAGAACAUUCCCCGGGAAUUCUGGGGGAUCACCGAGUUUUGGAAUGUGCCGACCGUGUCCGCUCGCUACCCGCUGCUGGAUCCUGGUGUCAUUGAUGUCCACUUCUCGCAGUGGCUGUCCGUGCAGCAUUUCAUGCUUGAUAACCAACAAUUCGAAUACUUCUGGAACUGGGAAAUCGACAGCCGCAUGACCGGCCAUCAUUACGAGUUCACCGAGCAAGUCGGAGCCUUCGGACGCAAGCAACCGCGCAAGGGCAUCUGGGAGCGCAACGAACGAUUCUACGUGCCCGAAUACCACGGCGACUACGACACCAAGUUCCGCCAGCUCGUCUCCACCCAGGCCACCCCCGGGAUCUGGGGCCCCAUGCCGAUUGCGGACUUUGAGGGCGGCAAGGUGCAGCCCAUGGGCCCGUGGCCUCCCGUCAACGACGAGGCCGACGACCAGUUCGAGUGGGGCGUCGGCGAAGACGCAGACUACCUGGGCUUCCUCCCGGCCUUCAACCCCCGCUUCACCGACUGGGUCAUCCGCAACCAGGUCUACGGCUACCUGGGCGAGGACACCCCGCGCCGCGCGACCCUCAUCACCCACUCCCGCCUCUCCCGCCGCCUCCUCAUGGCCAUGGACGAGGAGAACCUCCAGGGCCGCCACAUGGGCUCGGAGAUCUUCCCCGCAUCAACCGCGCUGCUCCACGGCUUCAAGGGCGUUUCCGUCCCCCACCCCAUCUUCUCCGACCAGAAGAUGCCCGGCAAGCGCGCCGACCGGUGGUUCAACUCCGGCGUCGACGGCAAGGCCGGCAACAACCGCGACAGUCCCUUCUCGUGGGGCCGCGAGUCGCGCUUCGAGUGGGUAUCGUGGUACUACCGCGCCAACCUGCCGGGUCUGUUGUAUUGGAACUUCCUCGGCUGGAAAAAAGAGGGGACAGGGGGGCAGAAGUACGAAAACACCCACGGCCGCGUCAUCCUCCCAUCCAUCCUCUUCCACCCCAUCAAAGACGUGCACCCGGACUCUGACAGCACGCAUUACAAAUUCGACGCGGACCUGGGCGUCGAGGCACGACCCGAUGAGAUUUCGUUAUAG